CCUUUCAUCAUCACUUCCUCAGUGGCUUGGUAUUGGACGCAGAUAGAGUGCUGCUAUGUCAAUUGACAUACAAGACGAUUAUCACUCUUUUGUCUUUCAGUGACCUGUAUAGCGCUUUGAUAUAGAUAUAAAUAUUUCAAACGUCGUUUUUAUCAUCGCCAACGUUGCAGUGUGAUUGAGCGUGUUCGUGAAACUCCUGUCACGCGGUUAGAGCGUCUCUUGGAAAUUGGCUUUGUUCGCUCGGACAGCACACAGUCAGUCUGCGUUAUCAUCCAGAAUGGACCAUUUGGAGAAGGAAAAUAGGUCUGACGAAGAUUCGGAAUACGAAGAAGAGGAGGUGGACCCUAGAAUUCAGGGAGAACUGGAGAAACUCAACCAGUCUACAGACGACAUCAACAGAUGUGAGACACAACUGGAGGAUGCCCGGCAGAAGUUCCGCACAGUGCUGGUUGAGGCCACGGUGAAGCUGGAUGAGCUGGUCAAGAAGAUUGGGAAGGCGGUGGAGGAGUCCAAACCCUACUGGGAGGCCCGGAGAGUGGCCAGACAGGCUCAGCUGGAGGCCCAGAGAGCCACCCAGGACUUCCAGAGGGCCACGGAGGUGCUGCGUGCAGCCAAAGAGACCAUCGCCCUGGCAGAGCAGAGGCUCCUGGAGGAGGACACCAGGCAGUUUGACUCAGCCUGGCAGGAGAUGCUCAACCACGCCACCCAGAGGGUGAUGGAGGCGGAGCAUACAAAGACGCGGAGUGAGCUGGUGCACAAGGAGACGGCAGCCAAGUACACGGCAGCCAUGGGGCGCAUGAAACAGCUGGAGAAGAAACUCAAACGCACCAUCAACAAGUCCAAACCUUACUUUGAGUUGAAGGCAAAGUACUACCUACAGCUUGAGCACCUCAAGAAGAACGUGGAUGAGUUGCAGGCCAAGCUGAGCCAGGCCAAAGAAGGAUACAAGACAGCUCUGAGAAACCUGGAGAUGAUCUCAGACGAGAUCCACGAACGCCGACGCAACUCUGCCAUGGGCCCCCGGGGGCGGGGCGUGGGCGCCGAUGGCGACAGUGUCGCAGUGGAUGACAUUGCCAGCUUCAAGAUGGAGUCAGAUGGCAUCUCUAUGACAUCUGAGUCGUUUGAGGAUGAGACCUGCAGCAGCAGUGCCAUGUCAGAGGAGGACUCAGAGACCCGCUCCACCUGCAGCCUGGUCUCCUCCUCCCACUCCCCCAACAGCCUCCAGGACCUCCCCUCGCCCUGUCCCUUUGCCAGCUCUUCCUCGCCCUUUGCCAGCUCUUCCUCGCCCUCGCCCUGCCCCUCCUCCUCCUCUUCCCCUGCUCCCUCCUCACGCCCCUGCAGUCUGGACCUUCCCAGCCCAGUCUCGCUGUCUGACUUUGGCCUCAUCUCUCCUGUCCUGGGACCACGCAGCGAGUGUAGCGGGGCGUCAUCACCUGAGUGUGACCUGGAGAGAGGUGACAGAGCAGAGGGAGCGGAGGGUGAGCUGGACAAUACUGUAAACAACAACAGCACCACCGUCCCAAACACCAAGAAGACCACGGGCCUGGAGGGCCGCCUCAGCUUCCUGUCUCUUCGACGCUCGCGCAACGACAGCACCAAGAACGCCAAGCGCGAACGUCAAAGCCGUUCCCAGACCCCCACCCAAACUGUGGUUCUGAUCAACGGGGUGUGAUGAGGAAAGCUAAUCCACAAGCUAAUCCCAUCACCGGCUUUGUGUGCCAACGUGCUGUAUUGCCAGUAACCACACACACAUUCCAUUCUACCCCAUGAACUAAUACUGGCUAAGUAAACAGAAAGUGGCUCAGUGUGAGAUACUAUGAACUAAAUGGUCAGUGUAUAUACAAUUCAUAUGGAUUAUGAUGAGAAGAGACUUAAGACCCAACCCAGGGUGAGUGAUGUCAUGAAACCACCACUUCCUAUAUAGAAAGGACCUUUCACCCUUUGACCUCCCUCCCAUAGCGUUGAGACCUCAGUCAGAUUGGCUUCCCAUAAUUCCCUACUGUUCUCCACACACAUUAAGGACAGUGCUGGCUAACAUCCUAUGGGUGGGGGGGGCAUUGUAUAUGAGGGGAAAUGGGACAGUUUUUUUUACUGUGAUAUUCUCCCUGAGAGGGAGCUGCACUUCUAGACAAGAUGUGAUUCUAUUGUUGGUAAAUGAAAGAAUGCACUCCUAGCUUCGACUAUUAAAAAUGGGGAUUAUUUAUAAAACUUGAUGUCUCAGUGAAUGUGCCACCUGUUUUACCAAUACAGAAAUUAGUCAAAUACAAAACAUCUAUAGCAAUAUGUGUUAUGCUUUUGUAAAAGAAGAGCACGCAUGAGGCUAAGAUUUAAAGUCAGGAUUUCUAAAAAGAAACAAGUACAUUUAUGGAGUUGAAGUUUUGUGAAUAACCCUCAUAACUUGUAAUAUUACUCUGCUAUAUCCUCUCUCAGAUACUUGACGUGAAUACUCUCACCAUUAUGUAAUCCUGUGUACGGCUUAUAAAGCCUAUGGCAACUGCUUCAUGUUACCAUGGAGACGUAACACCCCCCCUGGCUGGUAUCUCUUCGGACAGCCUGUGCAUUUGUCCAAUAGGGGUCUUCAGAAUUGGACUUAAAAGAACUGUAUUCUAUUGCACAACUAAUUUCCCAGUGAGCUAACUGUGAAUCCAUCUCGCCUGCAGUACACAUAAAGCUGGACUUGAAAUCUGAUUGAACGAGAGUAUAAUUGUGUGGGGUGAGGCUACAGUAGAUAUACCCUCCCCUCUUCGCUCCCUCCAUCCUGUGGUUCUUCGGUGCCAGGGAAAUGGGCCUCCAGACACUGUCACCCCCUCUAGCCCUCCUUCCAUCCAUCUCCCUGUCAUGGCAUCUCCAAUGGCCCGGUACUGAGGGACAACAUCCACCCACGGACGGUAACACUAAGAACUGAGCAAUAGCGCAAGGACAGAACUUUUGAUAACCAUAUCUGCCCAUGGACACAUUCAUAUAGAGUUCUCUGUAACGAAUGCAAAUGGCCAGCCUGGUAAUUCUCAGAAUCUGAGGAGGGUUUUGUCUUGGACCAAUCUUGAGGAUAAAGUGAAACUAGAUGACUGAAUGAAACUGAUGGUGAUGAAUGAUGAGGCCUGUUGUGGAAACUGACAGAAUAAUUGAUAAGAGUGUUGUGAUUUCUGAUGGACAGUAUCAUCUACAGUAAGUUGUAGAUCCAUAUUGGCUAACGUGGCACACAGUAACUGUCAGAUGUUUGUGAGGCCUAGUCGUCUGUCUCAAAUAGUGUUAAAUUGUCUUCCUCUCCUGGUCUCCUUAUGCUCCAUGGCCACAUGGGAAAGGUAUUUGGUAACUGAGUUAUGAGAAAAGCAAGCUAUUGCACAAGCGUAUGCAGUCUAUUUGUUAUUGUGAACGCUCCAGUCUAUGUAUGUAGUGUACAUGUACAAAUGUAAUGAUGUGUCAAUGUUUAUCUCUGUCACCCUCCGCUGUGGAAUAUAAGGAUAUGACCAUGAACAGUCCCUGUCAUAGCCGUUUUCUUCCAUUAUGUUAAGAGUAACUUUCCAUUGUGUCUCCAGUUUAUGUGCCUGUUUUCUGAAAAUAAUCCAAUAAACUGAUGUUCACUGCA